AUGUCGUCUCUCCCCUCCAGCGCCUCCACGGGCAAAGAUUCCGGCCUCCGCGUUCCCAGCAAUGGCAAAACCAUCUACCACCGCCCGCUCAACCGCACCAAGGCGUCCGAGCUCAGCCAGGCCAGCUUUGCCUUUCUGUUCUCCGAGAUGGUCGCGUAUGCGCAGAAGCGCGUAAAGGGAAUCCAAGAGUUGGAACACAGACUCAACGUUCAGGGCCACUCCAUAGGCAUCAAGCUCCUCGAUCUUCUUCUCUACCGUGAGCCCGUUCGGACGCAGCUGCGGCCCCAAAACAUAGUUGCUCUCCUCCACUUCGUGAAACAAAACGUAUGGCAGCAUCUCUUCGGCAGACAAGCGGACAGACUAGAAAAAUCGACGGAUGCAGAGAAGCCAGACGAGUACAUGAUUAUCGACAACGAGCCGCUCGUCAACCAAUACAUUAGCGUACCCCGCGAAAUGAGCCAGUUAAAUUGCGCCGCCUUUGUGGCUGGAGUCGUGGAAGGGGUAUGUGACGGCGCAGACUUCCCUGCAAGGGUGACGGCACAUACUGUCGGAGAGGGCGAGAUGUGGCCCGGAAAGACUGUUUUCCUGGUCAAGUUCAGGAGCGAAGUGGUAGAGAGGGAGGCUUUCUUGGCCAAGACUUGA